GUGGCGUCGAAUCGAUUUACUCUUCUUACCUGUGGAGUUCCUGUGGUAGGCCUGGCUGCUCAGUUCACUUGCACAACAAAUUGAAGAGAUGGAAAGUAUACUUUGUAAAUGAUGUCCUUGAGCUUUAAUGCCUGAAGCUUUUCAAUGAUUAGAGAAGAGCACAAAAUCUAGCUCGCUCAAUGUCGACCACACUUAAGCUAAGCUACAAAGUCUUAAUGAAAUUUUUGUUUUCCCCAGUAUUUCGUCAAUUUGAACGAGUCAUUGGCUUAAAAUCGUCGCAAUUCUGUACCUCAACUGUGCAGAGAAUGUCAGUUCAAGCCACAAUAACAGAUAAACUUACUAAGAAAUUCCAGCCACAACACAUGGAAGUUAUCAAUGAGAGCUAUAUGCACAAUGUUCCCAAAGGUUCUGAAACUCACUUCAAGGUUGUUGUCGUAUCAGCUUUGUUCCAAGACAAACCAUUGAUUCAGAGACACCGAAUGGUYAAUGAUGUUCUGAAGAAUGAACUAGAAUCUGGUGUACAUGCAUUGUCUAUUCAGGCUAAAACUCCUACACAGUGGGAAGCUAGUGGUCAUAAAGUUAACAUGUCACCACCAUGCCUGGGGGGUGCUGGCAGAUAGCACGUUUCUUCAACAUUUGCUGUUAUAACAACACUGCUCAGUCCAUGUCACCAGUCAGAGUCAUUAGAUUUUUGCAUAUUUUGUUGGCUAAGAAAUAGACCUAAUAGGAUAACAUGUUGCCAUGUACGUUAUUCAAAUCCUGUGGGAAAAACAACUUUACUUUGUUUCUACAAAUUCAUCUGUGAAAUGAAAAUACAAUGAACAAUGAAACUUACUCGCAGGUGGUUUGAAUUGCGUGGAAACGUUUAUAUCUGCAAUGCCUUAGCCAAUUAGGUCUAUUUAACAAUUAGACCUCGAGGUCGAGUGGACUAUGAGCUAAUAGCCCAUGAGGCCGAGUCCGCGAGGUCGA